GCCUCGGUCCCGAUUCUCGCCUUGCCCACCAGCAGCCCACCACCAGUGGCUACACGGCCUCUAGCGAUGGCGCCAAUGGCUCGUUGUCGGUCAAUUAGAGCGCAAAUGCCACAUCCGCUGAGCCACCCCACGCAGCCUGCAACCGUGCAGAAGGCCUCGGUCCCGAUUCUCGCCUUGCCCACCAGCAGCCCACCACCAGUGGCUACACGGCCCCUAGCGAUGGCGCCAAUGGCUCGUUGCCACCCCACGCAGCCUGCAACCGUGCAGAAGGCCUCGGUCCCGAUUCUCGCCUUGCCCACCAGCAGCCCACCACCAGUGGCUACACGGCCUCUAGCGAUGGCGCCAAUGGCUCGUUGUCGGUCAAUUAGAGCGCAAAUGCCUGCAACCGUGCAGAAGGCCUCGGUCCCGAUUCUCGCCUUGCCCACCAGCAGCCCACCACCUGUGGCUACACGGCCCCUAGCGAUGGCGCCAUUGGCUCGUUGGUGGUAA